AUUUGGAGUCACUCUGAAAUACAUCCUGGAAUAAUUGUGUUUGACUGGAACCUAAUCUUAUGAAGUCUCCAAGGAUGAGAGUCUGUGCUAGGUCAGUCUUGCUGUCUCACUGGCUCUUUCUGGCCUAUGUGCUAAUGGUGUGCUGUAAGCUGAUGUCUGCCUCCAGCCAGCAUCUCCGGGGACACGCAGGUCACCACCAAAUCAAGCAAGGGACCUGUGAGGUGGUCGCAGUGCACAGGUGCUGUAACAAGAACCGCAUAGAGGAGCGAUCACAAACGGUCAAGUGUUCUUGCUUCCCAGGACAGGUUGCUGGCACAACUCGGGCUCAGCCUUCUUGUGUUGAAGCUUCCGUUGUGAUUCAGAAAUGGUGGUGUCACAUGAAUCCUUGUUUGGAAGGAGAGGAUUGCAAAGUGCUGCCAGAUCACUCAGGUUGGUCCUGUAGCAGCGGCAAUAAAGUCAAAACUACAAAGAUCUGCUAA